GUGAAAGCCACUAUAUUAUUGACACGUGUCGGUGUCAAGCCUCCAAUACGACAGCUAGAAGACCAACCGGAUUACCUGGAAUCGCCGGUGGCCAACCACAUACCAAACCAGACGAUUCCUUGUCUCUCUCUCUAGAAAGCUUGGAAUUCUUUUUCCUCCUCAAAUAAUUGUCAUUCUGUGUUUUGUUUUCGCCCUUUAACGCCAUUACUUUUUUCUGGGUUUCGAGGGUUACUUCUUCGAAGACGAUCUGACGGUGAGAGAAAGCAAGGGCAAAGGAGAAUCAUCAUUGUUCAUCUGCGAGAAAAUUCUCUCAGCUUUUUUUGAAAUUUCUGAACUUUGUGAUCUGGGUCUCGGGAUUUGUUGAAGUUCACGAACCCUAGUCAGGGUUUCGAUCGUAUUUUCGGAUGAGAAAUUGUUUGAUCUGGAAUAGGCAAGAUCAUUAUUUGAGCAAAAUAAGCAAGAUCACGAUGCCCUUUACGUGGUUUGGUUGAGAACUUGAUUUGGUCUAUAAAUCGAAGUUAUAGAAGCUUGGAGAUUGGUUGGAGUUGUUCGGUUUCCUUCUGUUUGUUUCGUUUGCUGAAUCUGCUACUGCUACUAAACGCUGUGAUCAGGAUCGAAGAUUUUUUGUGUCUGGGCAUUUCUCUAAUCAUUUGGUUGGCUUUGGGAUUGAUCUCUUGGGAGGAAGGUUCUCUAGUACUUGAAGUAGUCAUUAGCUUCCAAUUCGGUCCAUAUCCUGACGUUUGUGGCUCGGGUAAUUUGGAUCUGUAUAAGUUGGUUUGCGUUCGAUCUAAGAUCUGGUGUCAGCAAGAGAAGUCACUGAAGGAAACAGCCUCAGGUUGUCAAAGAGGACCGUUGUUGUUGAUUGCUCACAGCUUAUAUGGUUGAGAGGAGGACAUGGCAGCGGGUAUGGAUUUUUCGCCUCUGUUAACAGUGAUAGAAGGUGGUUUCAGCAAGGACAAUGUUUCCGCAUCAGAAACCGAGAAUUUAGAGAGUUUGGAUACCACAAACAAAAUCCCCAAUGGCAAACCUCCGAGGCAUCUUUCUGCCAUGCAUCACUGCAUGAGCUCUACUCGGUUGCAGACUGCGGUCAAUGUGGAUUUGGAUGUUGGUACUUUGGUUAUAAAGUCGCCUUCUGAUGAGAAAUCGGAGUUUUUGCCAGUAUACCGAUCAGGAAGUUGCGCUGAACAAGGACCAAAGCAGUAUAUGGAAGAUGAACACAUUUGCAUAGACAAUCUUGGUGAGCAUCUUGAUGAAAAAGUGGAAUUCUCGUCUCCUGGAGCCUUCUAUGGGGUGUUUGACGGCCAUGGAGGUACCGAUGCAGCGUUGUUUGUUAGGAAGAACAUCCUUAGAUUCAUCGUAGAGGACUCGUAUUUCCCGCUGUGUGUCAAGAAGGCUAUUAAGAGUGCUUUUGUGAAAGCUGAUUAUGCGUUUGCUGACGACUCUUCUCUUGACAUCUCUUCGGGAACCACCGCACUUGCAGCAGUUAUUUUCGGAAGGAAUCUCAUAGUUGCGAACGCGGGUGAUUGCCGGGCAGUGCUGGGGAGGAGGGGUAGAGCGAUAGAGAUGUCUAAAGACCACAAACCAAACAGUACAUCAGAGAGAAUAAGAAUAGAGAAGCUCGGGGGAGUUGUCUAUGACGGGUAUCUCAACGGGCAGCUAUCGGUUGCACGUGCCAUCGGCGACUGGCACAUGAAGGGUGCUGCGUGCCCCCUGACCGCUGAGCCUGAGCUUCAAGAGUCGAUUCUGACAGAGGAAGACGAAUUCCUGAUAAUAGGUUGCGACGGUUUAUGGGAUGUGAUGAGCAGCCAGGGGGCCGUGACGAUAGCGAGGAAAGAACUGAUGAUCCAUAACGACCCGGAGAGAUGCUCGAGAGAGCUUGUGAGAGAGGCCCUGAAACGGAACACAUGCGAUAACCUGACAGUCAUUGUCAUAUGCUUCUCCCCCGACCCUCCCCCGAGGAUUGAGAUCCCGCAGUUCCGGGUGAGACGGAGCAUAUCCGCUGAAGGAUUGAACCUGCUCAAAGGCGUUCUUGACGGGAACUCGUGAGCUCAUUUUAUUCGGCAUAGUAGGGAGAGAGAGUAAUUAUUUUAUUCACACGUUCGGAGUUCUUAAAUAUGUUAUCAUCGCACCUUAUUCGAGAUCGAUCCAUUUGAGACAGGAUGUCUGACUCUUUGUAAAUAAAUUUAUCAAAAAAAAAAAAUGUAAACUGGUCUUAUUGCCCGAUGAAGACAUAUCACAGUCUCCAGUUUUGGAAAGAAGGAGGUGCACGUCCUUCCCGGUCUUCUCAAUGCUCUAACGUCUACCCAGCUCACGUACCGCUUUGGGAGAUGUGGUACACAGAUUACAACAACGGGGGAAGAGGAGCAAUUUACCUUUUGUUUAGUGUAUAUAGAUAUAUGUAUGGUCAUUUGCGGAUCCAGUUUGGACAACCUCCUCAUAUUCUCGUCGAUAAAUGACUGUUCAAGGAAUUUAUACACGUCGGAUUUAACGUCCGUUAA